AUGUUAACAUUAGUUAUUGAAUUUGGUCGUCAACGACGAAAAAUUGAUUUGAAGCAUCAUCCAAUUGAUAUUAAUUUACUUGAAAAUGAAAUAAAAUCAAAAUUUGAUAUUGAAGAAGAAAAUAGCAAUGACUAUCUUAUACAAAUAUAUGAUGAACAAAUAAAUGAUUAUAUUGAUUUAACAUCAGAUUUUUCUUAUUUAACAAGUAAUAAAAAUUUAAUUAAAGGUCAAAUUAUAUCGCGUCAAUUGAAACCGAAAGUAGCCAAGCAACAAAUUGUUGGUCUUAUUACAUUAGAAUCUAUUGAAAAUUCUCUUGAGAAAUGGUCGCAACUACUUCAAAAUAUUCAAUCAGAAAUCACAAAAGAACUUCAAAUAGUUAAAGAAACAAUUCUUGCUGUUAAAUCUCAUUAUAAAUUAAUUGAUGAAACAAAUAAUAAUGAAGAUUCGUUUUCUAAUUGUGAAAUAUUAACAAACAAUUGUUCACCUUCCAGCAUUUCACAAAUUUUUAAUAAAAACCUUUCACCAAUAUUUAAUUUAAAUUCAAAUGAUUCUCAAUUAAUUCAACCAUUGUUAAAUAUUGGUGGAAAAAAUUCUUCGAAAUUAUUUGAUGAAACAUCUUUUGAUCAAGAACAAUUAAAAAUGAAUUUUAAAAAUAAUCGACGAGGAACAAGUCGAAGUUUAUUAACAAAUCGAGAAAAUAAUAUUUAUUAUCCUCCAUCACGUAUUCCAUCAAGACAAAUUGAAUACAAUAUUCCAAUAACAGUAACGUAUCAACGUUUUCAAACUGGUGUUGAUUUUCAAGGUCAAUUAUCAAAAUACUAUAAUCCAACUUAUUUUUUUCUUCGAAUUUCAAAUCAAACAGAAUCCUAUGAUGAAAUGCAUAAACAUAUUAAUUUAUAUUAUAAUAGUAUCGAUUCAAGUCAAACUUAUUUUCCUCAAUCAGGAGAGUUUUGCGUAGCAAAAUGUUCUAAUGAUUUAAAUUGGUAUCGAGCUCGAAUAAUAAGAUUGAUCGGAAAUGAAAAAGCUCAAUUAAUAUUUAUUGAUAAUGGUGAAAUAACUGAAGUCAAUGUAGAUUCUAUUCAACCAUUGAUUAGUAAAUUUAGUGAUCGUCCAGCACAAGCUCUUGCUUGUACACUUGCUCAGAUUUUACCAUUUACACAAAAUGAUAAAUGUGGAUGGAAUAGACGAGCUUGUAUGUCUUUGGAAAAUGCCAUGAAAAAUGAACGAUUAUCAACAGGAAAUGUUUUAUUAAAAGUAACUGUAGCUGAAAAUAAUCAAGUAAAAUGGCCAAUGAUGUUUAUACAUAUAUCGACAUUAACUAUUUCCAGUUUAAGCGAAUAUAUGUCUGAUUUAUAUUUAAGUCGUCGAUGUUCAAAUAUUGAAAUAAGUGAAUAUUGGUCUUGGAAAAUUCGUCCAGAACAAUAUGUUUUGUUUAAUUUAUCAUCAUUAAUUAAUCAAAAACAAUAUUUUAUUUUCAAUAAUAAUCAACAAUCUUCAUUAUCAUAUGAUCAAACUAUCGAUAUGAUUAUUAAAGAUCCAGAAUUUUCUUCUCGUCAAUAA